GACCCGAGGCGGUUUUCGUGACGCGGAGCUGCCCCCGGCCCAGUCCCGGCGGGGAAAGAGGAGGCACCGGUGCCUGCCGACCGCGGGGAUAGGCGGCGGUCUGCGCUACGGCAGCCGGGGCGGGCAGGGCCCUCGGCGGCAGCAGGUCUGGCCUCCCGGCCCCGCCGCAGCCCCGCACGGGACUGGCCCAGCGCAGAGGCAGCGGCGGGCGCGUACACCGGGCUCUGCCCUCAUCGUUUUCCCGUGAAAACGAGGGCGUUGGGCCGUAAGCGAGACAGCCGUUCCCUGCCGCUGCCUCGGGGGCGCCUCCCCGUCGUCAGCCGGGUAAUUUUAGAAGGUGGAAACUCCGCAGCUGAGGCUGAGCGGAGCUGCAGUAGCUCCAGGCAUUCCCAGCUGUGAAACUGCCGCCUCUCCCUGACAGGAUCCUUCUGAGUUGUACUUGAAGCCGCCAAAAUGGUUCUGGCAGAUCUUGGAAGAAAAAUAACUUCAGCAUUGCGCUCACUGAGCAAUGCCACAAUUAUCAAUGAAGAGGUUUUAAAUGCUAUGUUAAAAGAAGUAUGUACAGCAUUACUGGAAGCUGAUGUUAAUAUCAAACUUGUGAAGCAACUUAGAGAAAAUGUCAAGUCUGCAAUUGAUCUUGAAGAAAUGGCAUCUGGCCUUAACAAAAGAAAAAUGAUCCAGCAUGCAGUGUUUAAAGAGCUUGUUAAGCUUGUAGAUCCUGGAGUCAAGGCAUGGACACCUACCAAAGGAAAACAGAAUAUUAUAAUGUUUGUUGGUUUGCAAGGAAGUGGUAAAACAACAACUUGUUCAAAGUUAGCAUACUUCUAUCAGAGGAAAGGCUGGAAGACUUGUCUAAUAUGUGCUGACACAUACAGAGCAGGUGCUUUUGACCAGUUAAAGCAGAAUGCCACAAAAGCAAGAAUUCCUUUUUAUGGGAGUUAUACAGAAAUGGAUCCUGUAAUAAUUGCUUCAGAAGGUGUUGAGAAAUUUAAGAAUGAAAACUUUGAAAUAAUCAUCGUUGAUACAAGUGGACGUCACAAACAAGAAGACUCUUUGUUUGAAGAAAUGUUACAAGUUGCUAAUGCCAUACAACCAGAUAACAUUGUUUAUGUUAUGGAUGCUUCCAUUGGCCAAGCUUGUGAAGCUCAAGCUAAAGCUUUCAAAGACAAAGUAGAUGUAGCUUCUGUUAUUGUUACUAAGCUCGAUGGACAUGCCAAAGGAGGUGGAGCUCUUAGUGCAGUUGCUGCCACAAAGAGUCCUAUUAUUUUUAUUGGAACUGGCGAGCACAUAGAUGACUUUGAACCCUUUAAAACACAGCCUUUCAUCAGCAAGCUGCUUGGUAUGGGUGAUAUUGAAGGAUUGAUAGAUAAAGUAAAUGAAUUGAAGCUGGAUGAUAAUGAAGCACUCAUAGAAAAGCUAAAACAUGGUCAAUUUACAUUAAGAGAUAUGUAUGAACAAUUCCAAAACAUCAUGAAAAUGGGACCAUUCAGUCAGAUCUUGGGCAUGAUCCCUGGUUUUGGAACUGACUUCAUGAGUAAAGGCAAUGAACAGGAAUCAAUGGCAAGGUUAAAGAAACUGAUGACUAUAAUGGACAGUAUGAAUGAUCAAGAACUCGACAGUACAGAUGGUGCCAAAGUUUUCAGUAAGCAGCCGGGAAGAAUCCAAAGAGUAGCAAGAGGCUCUGGUGUUUCUACCAGAGAUGUUCAGGAGCUUUUGACCCAAUACACUAAGUUUGCACAGAUGGUGAAAAAGAUGGGAGGCAUCAAAGGGCUUUUCAAAGGUGGUGAUAUGUCCAAGAAUGUGAACCCAUCUCAGCUGGCCAAACUGAACCAGCAGAUGGCAAAGAUGAUGGAUCCAAGAGUUCUUCAUCACAUGGGUGGCAUGGCAGGUUUGCAGUCAAUGAUGAGACAAUUUCAACAAGGUGCUGCUGGGAAUAUGAAAGGCAUGAUGGGAUUCAAUAAUAUGUAAAGAAGCCUUAACAUAAAUGGACUUGGUUGACUCUUCAUUGCAACUUCAGUGAAUGAAUUUGCUUUCUUCCUUUUUACAGUGAUGAGAGAGUGGUCUUUUGAAAUCUUAUCCAGGCUUCUCAGUUUCUACAUCUAAUUUCUGAAAACUAUUUUUGCUUAAAUUAGUUCCUCUCCACUAAUAACUGAUGGCACAAAGAGCAAUUCAAUUUAAUAAAACAAAAUCAUGAUGUAAAAUUUUAAUAUGUAGAGACACUUUUUAAUCGUUUACAUCAAAUGGCAGCCAUUAUAUUUGUAAACAACCCUGAUCUUUGGUUAUAGUAACAUAAAAUGUCACAAAUAUACUGUAAAAUAAAAUUUAAGUGGUUAUAAAUAA